CUCUGUGGAGUUGUGGCCGCGCCGGCUUGGAGCAUCCCUGUGCUGGCAGGCUGGGGGACUGCGAGACUGCAGCUCCGGCGGCCAGCUCCGGAGAGGACAUGUCCAAUGAUGAUGAGGCAGAGGCAGCAGGUGACACCCACCUGCUUGGCUUCUCUGAUGAGAUCCUCCUACAUAUCCUGAGCCAUGUCCCCAGCACGGACCUGGUUCUCAACGUGCGGCGCACCUGCAGGAAGCUUGCAGCCCUGUGCCUGGACAAGAGCCUGGUGCACACUGUGCUGCUGCAGAAGGACUACCAGGCCAAUGAGGAGAAGGUGAAGCAGCUGGUGAAGGAGAUUGGCCGGGAGAUCCAGCAGCUGAACAUGGCAGGCUGCUAUUGGUUGUCUGGCUCCACCAUCGAGCACGUGGCCCGCUGUCACAGCCUGGUGAAGGUGAAUCUGUCAGGUUGCCACCUCACCUCUCUGCGGCUGUCCAGGGUGUUGUCAGCCCUGCAGCGCCUGCGCUCACUGGCCAUUGACGUGAGCCCUGGCUUCGACGCCAGCCAACUGAGCAGUGAGUGCAGGGCCACGCUGAGCCGAGUGCAGGAGCUCAAGCAGACGCUCUUCACGCCUUCCUAUGGUGUGGUGCCCUGCUGUGCCAGCCUGCAGAAGCUGCUGCUCUACUUCGAGAUCCUGGACCGCACCCGGGAGGGUGCUGUCCUCUCAGGCCAGCUCAUGGUGGGCCAGAGCAAUGUGCCCCACUACCAGAACCUGCGUGUCUUCUAUGCACGCCUGGCCCCUGGCUACAUCAACCAGGAGGUGGUGAGACUCUACCUCGCUGUGCUCAGCGACCGCACGCCUGAGAACCUGCAUGCCUUCCUCAUCUCCGUCCCUGGCAGCUUUGCGGAGAGCGGGGCCACCAAGAACCUGCUGGACUCCAUGGCCCGCAACGUGGCCCUGGACGCCCUGCAGCUGCCCAAGUCCUGGCUGAACGGCUCCACCCUCCUGCAGCACAUGAAAUUCAACAACCCCUUCUACUUCAGCUUCAGCCGCUGCACCCUGUCAGGUGGUCACCUGAUCCAGCGGCUCCUCAAUGGGGGGAAGGACCUGCGCAGUCUGGCCAGCCUCAACCUCAGCGGCUGCGUGCACUGCCUGUCUGCGGACUCGCUGCUGCGCAAGGCCGAGGACGACAUUGACAGUGGCAUCCUGGAGACUCUGGUGGAGUCCUGCCGCAACCUGCACCACCUCAAUCUCUCAGCUGCCCAUCACCACAGCUCCGACGGCCUGGGCCGCCACCUCUGCCAGCUGCUGGCUCGGCUCUGCCACCUCCGUUCCCUGUCCCUGCCUGUCUGCUCCGUGGCGGACUCAGCACCCAGGCCUGACCGUGCGCCCGCCCCGCCGGCCAUGCACGCAGUACCCCGUGGAUUUGGCAAGAAGGUGCGCAUUGGGGUGCAGACCUGUCCCAACCCCUUCGUGGGCCAGUCGGCCCCGCAGCCUGCCUCUGUGUUCUGGUCUCUGUUGAAGAAGCUCCCAUUUCUGGAGCACCUGGAACUGAUCGGGUCCAAUUUCUCCUCAGCCAUGCCCCGCAAUGAGCCUGCCAUCCGCAACUCCCUCCCACCCUGCAGUCGGGCACAGAAUGUGGGGGACUCAGAGGUAGCUGCCAUUGGCCAGCUGACCUUCCUGCGGCACCUGACACUAGCUCAAUUGCCAGGCAUGCUGACAGGCUCUGGACUUGUGAGCAUCGGCCUGCAAUGCCAGCACUUACAGUCUCUGUCGCUGGCCAACCUGGGCAUGAUGGGGAAGGUGGUGUACAUGCCUGCUCUUGCUGACAUGCUGAAGCACUGCAAGCGGCUGAAGGACCUGAGGCUGGAGCAGCCCUACUUCAACGGCAACGCUCAGUUCUUCCAGGCGCUGGGCCAGUGCUCGUCUCUGCAACGCCUGUGCCUGGUGUCUCGCAGUGGCACCCUGCAGCCAGAUGCUGUGCUGGCCUUUAUGGCCCGUUGCCUGCAGGUCGUCAUGUGUCACAUGUUCACCGGAGAAUCCCUCACCACUUGCAAGAGCCUGCAGCAGUCGCUCCUCCGGAGUUUCCAGGCUGAGAGGCCUGCGUUGAACGUCGUCAUCUUCCCACUGCUUCACGAGGGCCUGACAGAUGUUAUCCGAGAUGUUCCCAUGGUGCACCUGGACGAGAUCACCUUAUUCAAAAGCAGAGUGGCUGAGGAACCCCCCAACCUGUGGUGGUGA